GUCCGGUGUCACUGCCGCUUCCUCGGCGGGCGAUUCGAAGGCGAUGCUGGGGACCGGUGCCUCGGCGGACGGGCCGGACCCGCUGUCGCUGUGCCCGGCGCUGGAGCAGUCGCUGUCGCUGCUGGAGUCGGGCGCCAGCCAGGCGGAGCGGGAGCGGGACGAGGUGCCCAUGCCCAUGGUGUUCCUGUGCGCCGGCUGCCGGCGGCCCGUGGGCGACACGUCCAGCUGGGUGUCCAACGACGAGGCGAGCGGCUGCAUCCUGCUGCGCAGUGUGGCCGCCAGCGUCGCCGUGGACCCGGAGCGGAAGAUUUCCAACCUGCCCGGCGAGUGCGGAUGCUUAGUAGAAACCUUAUUCUGCUCUGGCUGCUCAAAGACCCUCGGCAGCAUCUACAGGUGCACCUCAAGGAGCCUGGACUUCAAGAGAGAUUUGUUCUGUUUCACUAUUGACUCCAUUGAAAGCUAUAUCCUAGGGACCCCAGGAAAGCAAGCUGUCAUCCAUGAGCAACCACUCAUUCUGGAACGUCAAGCUGUCUUGGAAGAGGUGCUGGAAAGGGUGGACAUGCUGCUCAAGGCUCUGGAGACAAGGCUGGGCACGGUGGAGUCGCGUGUGGCUGCCCUGCACAGGCAGGUCUGACAGGAGCUGCAGGAGCAGGGCACAGGGGAUCCCUGCCAUCCCCUGGGAUCCCAGCAUAGGCUGUGGAAGAGCUGGGAGCAUGGGUGCCCUGUGCAGGGGGGAGCAGGGCCGACCGAGGCUGUGUCCCAGCCCAGGAGCUCCUCUUGUGUCCCUCAAGAGCAAACCCCAGGGAUUUUUUUCUUAAUAAACACUUCUGAUCAGACAAUCUGUAGACUGCUGGUUUCAUGUAAAUACUUAUUUAAGUUUUUGUCUCUGGAAGCAAAACAUUGAUCUCCUGACUUCCCUGCUAUUCAGUAUCUACCGAACUGGGUGGGCAUUUUCCUAAGCUAAUGAAAAACCUCCCUGUGGUUCUGUGAUUUCCAAAGGAACAGCACUGAGUUUUUCUUAUCUCCAUAGCUUUAGCUUGACUCAUGCUCAAAGACAGGAAUGGCUCAAUAACUAUAUGUGGUGAAUUGUGAGUUUGGCAGGGUUUUUUGCAAGUUUGGGGCUAAAAUGUGAUGUAAGAAAAGGCUUUUUUUGCAGCAUUAAAUUUUUGCAGCAUUGCAGCUUUUCAGGCUUUCCAAGUUGCCUCAUUCUGAUUUAAACUCUCUUGAAAUAUGUUUAAUAUGUUGGGAUUUUUCAUUGUUGUUGUUGUUGGUGGGGUUUUUUUGUGUUUUGUUUUUUUUUUUUUUUUAAUUUGGGGAUUUUUUUGUCUGCCUUAGGAAAAUUUAACAGAUCUCACUUUUUUUCUUCUCCAGUUGAGUGUAGUGUUGUCUUCUUAAUUCAAAAAACAUUUGCUGUAUGGAAAAACCAUCUUGCCUUGUGAAAGGACAGGUAGGAGCUGUUGUAAUGGCCAGUGCCCUGUGGCACAGAGAUUCCCAGGCACUGGGGAGCCCUGUGCCAGGCACACACACCUGGCCAGGUCCCUGUGGGUGCUGCUGCUGUACCUGGUGGUGAGGUGAUAACCAGCUCGGCUUUGCUGCCAAAGUCAAACCCAGCAGUUUUCCUGUGAAUCCCAAACUGGGCCCAAGGGCUCUGUCCCUCAGCCUCUGCUUCCAUUGGUUUGGAGGGGUUGGAUCCCAGUUAUUCACCCCAGGAGCUGCCCCUCCAUCCUUUUCCCCACUGUUCUGUUCCAGUCGUGGGAGAUACUUGGGUUUUGGUUUUUUCCCCCUGCAGUUCACUGCAGAUCCCAAAAAGCCACAGGAGAGAAGAUGUGCUUCCACCACCAGGUGAGGAGCCUGAUUUUGGAAUGUUUGAUGGAAUUGGCCCAGUAGCUUUUCCUUCUGGGCUUCCCGUAGUCUGUCCAUGGCAGGUCCAGCCUGUGCCUUUAGCUUGGAGCCCUCGGUCCUCAGGGAAAUGAACCUUUGGCAAGUUCUUACAGCUCUGCCCAGUGCUGUAUGGAUUGGGAUGAUUUUCUGGAAUUAGGCUGUCCAUUCUGACCCGUUUGUUCCCUCUCCCUGCAGACUGUGCCUGCUGAAAGGCUGAGGUGACACCAGGAUCUGUGAAACCCCUGGCUCCCCGUGCCUUCCUGAGGCUGAAGCCACGUUUGCUGUCAGUGACCACAGAGUGGAAGAUGCUAAAGACAGAGAACUUGGGGAUUUUUCUCCUGAAUCCCGAGACUCUCUGCAGCUGUACACUGUCUAUCUCUUAAAAGAGUUUCUGGGUUUAUAAAGGUUUUUACAUUCUGGAAUAUUUAUCUGUAACUCCAGUAAAAACAGUCAUACUGUAUCAAUGUGGUGUCAAUGACUUUGAGUUGGU